CGACGGCGUCGUGUUUUUCUGCUGUUGAGAGUAUGACUGAAUAUAAGUUGGUGGUGGUGGGUGCUGGUGGUGUAGGCAAAAGUGCACUUACCAUUCAGCUCAUUCAGAACCACUUUGUGGAUGAAUAUGAUCCCACUAUUGAGGACUCCUACAGGAAGCAGGUGGUGAUUGACGGGGAGACAUGUCUGCUGGACAUUCUGGACACUGCAGGUCAGGAGGAGUACAGCGCUAUGAGGGACCAGUACAUGAGGACCGGCGAGGGCUUUCUCUGUGUGUUCGCCAUCAACAACACCAAGUCUUUUGAGGACAUCCACCAGUACAGGGAUGAUGUGCCCAUGGAUGAUGUGCCCAUGGUGCUCGUGGGCAACAAGUGUGACCUGCCAGCACGCACAGUGGACACGCGUCAGGCCCAGGAGCUCGCCCGCAGCUAUGGCAUCCCUUACAUCGAGACCUCUGCCAAGACCCGACAGGGAGUGGAAGAUGCCUUCUACACUCUGGUGAGAGAGAUCAGGCAGCACAAACUGAGGAAGCUCAACCCACCUGAUGACAACGGACAGGACUGCUUUAAGUGUCGCUGUGUAUUGUCAUGACCAGCCAUCAUGGACCCCCGCGGACCAGAGUUUGGGAGCAGAGUGGCUGGAUGGACCUCACAUUCCGCGCCUCCGGUGACAUACUGUGGGAGAGGGGGGAAGCUUUUCGGCGUCGCACACAGACGCCUGCAAGUCUGAGUUUGAGUCCACUCGCCGGAGGCUCCCACUGCCUUCAGUGUUGGCCUUGAUAGGACAGCAAAGACUGACGCACGGGAAUCAGGCCUAAACCACUGUAGUCUCAUCACUGGGCUGGCCAUGGCUGAGCCACAGAAUACAACACUCUUAUUUGAUUUGAUUUUAUUUGAGGUGGACUUGUAGAUGGGAAGUCAACGGUUUGUUGUUUGCCUUUAUUUUUAAUUUUUUUUAUUUAAUUGUAUUUGGAAGGAGAUGGUCACACUCUGCCACUGAGGAUGAUUGAUCUACAGUGUAAUAAUGACCAGCUGCUUCAGAGGAGAUUGUGGGUGUGCGUGUGACUGUGACUUUGUGUGCGCGUGUGUGCAUGCGUGCCUGUGAGGACCAAGGGCCCACAGGUCUCUCUCCCACACACUAGAGCAUUAUUCCUAAAAACAAGACAUGCGGUGAUUGUUAAUAUGCAGUGAGUUAAAUGUAAGUCUCAGUGCAAUAGUAUUUCUUUUUUUAUUCUUAACAAAUUCAAGGUACAGUGAGUAGUUAAAAAAACAUGAUUUGUUGUUGUCUGUACACAAUGCCUUGUGAGAAAUGUAUUGAAAUGACGUCACAAAAAGCCUGCAGAGACUGAUUGCCAUCUUGGAAGACUUCUUCUAAUGGGUGAAAUAGAAGAGUGUGAGUCUUUUUGGCACACUGACCACCCAUCAUCACACACUACUCCCAGAAAUCACACAAUGCACUGAAAGGCCGGUUAUCGGAAUAAUUGGUUUACUAAUACUGGAAUCUAAUUAUUAUGAGGAACUUUUAUCACCAUCUAGGCAUUGCUGGUUUUCUUUUUUACGAGUGCCUGAGUUGAGACCUUGACACAUGUUCAGUCCCCUGUAGGGACAUUUAUGGCUACAUGAGGAGGGACUGUCAUGAUGGGCAGAAUCUAGUAAAGGUUUUCUGAUGUUCUCAGCCAUCACUGUGCUAUGCAUAGGCUCAGGAUGAAUGUGGAUAAUGUGUGACUUCAUUGACAUACAGACCUGACAGUGACUGUAUGGAUACUUUUAAUAGUGGAGGAGUGUUAGAUGUACUGUGUGUUUCUUGGUGUUAUGAGUGUCAGGUGUCACUUACUGCUCUCCAUCACUGAAGCACUAACCAUCUCCAAUUUAAAAAAAUGACAAGACAGAAAGAUUUGCUUGGAUUGAAAGAAUAAAAUGUUUCUUUUGGUGUUUUUGAUUGUUGGUAGUGCUACCCUUUGGAAAUUCUCUCUUUCUCUGUCUCUCCUGCAGGGCAGCCCAGAAAAGUCAUGGCUGCUUUUUGUUGGAUUUCACUUUGUCUGCAAAGCUCACUAGCGUGCCAUGAAUUGAGAAGUGGCUGAUACAAUGUCUAUUAUUAUGAUGAUUAUUAUUAUGAUUAUUAUUAUAAUGCUAACUAGGUUUUUUUGUGGUGCCGGUACUGGCUAACAUCCUGUUAUAUGGACAUUUUCAAAGUAGUCAGUUUUCAGGGAUGGGUUUAUUGUUACACAGAGGACUAUGUAAUGGGAGACAGCGGAGUGUCUAUCUAAUGCCAUUAAAUAGCACGAACCUUUAAAAAUGACAACAUUUUACAGAAAUUAGGAACUGUCAUUUCUAUGUGUGCUCUGUGAUGGUAGAACAAGGUGAUUCCUUUUUAGGGUAAAUUAGCAAAACCAGAAAUUAACCUGUGUCCACAGUUUCUCAGAUAUGCCAACAUUUGCUUAUUGUCAAAAUAGGGGUUUGUCUUCAAAUCUCAUUGUUUAGACAACCAUGAGACCAGAUUAUUGACUUCUUUACCUCCAAAUCUAGUAUCUUGGUAUAAUUCUGUAUGUUGUGUAUGUUGUGUGUGUGUGUGUGCAUGUGUGACAUUUCUUGAGUUCUUCCUUGUUAAGGCAGGUUCCCUGUCUAAUUUUGAUUCAGUGAGGAUGGCCAUUGUGAACCCAUUGUACUUCCUCCUGCCCAAACAACAAACCACCUAUUUGAAAUUAGAUUUUUUAAAUUAAUUUUAUUAUUAUUAUUUUACUUUUUUUUGUCUAAACUAAAUCAGCCACCUCUGAUCAUAAGAUGUACAAAUAGCAUUUAGUAUAUUGGAUAGUAUCAAUCUGGAUAAAGCUUUCCAAUACAAUUAUUUUUUUAUUGCUUGUUUUUAUUUCUUAUAAUCCUUAUCUUUGAAUUCUAAAUUACUUAAUGAACACGUUUCCGACCAGGUACACCAUGCAUUUUUAGAAACAUUCAUUGUGUACCAUCAAGUUCAAUAGUCAUUUAGGUUUAGCAUGAUUUCAAAAUCAGAUGAGAUUCGACUUGUGAUAAAAUUAAGAAAUAUAUAUGUAUUGUACCUCUAUAAAACAGAAAACUGCAGAUUCUUAACUGUGAGUGUAUUGGUUAAAUGUGAAUAUGUUCCUCUGUGUUUUUAAUAUUGUAUCUACAUCAUCAUGAAAUUGAUACUUGAGUGCUUUUUUAUUACUUUAACCAAAUGUUUGAUUGCUUUAAGGAUCUGUCAAUGAAACACUUUGUUAUCUUUCUUACCCAUCUCUAAGAAAUGUGUUUGCUUUAUUUUGUGCCAGCUCUAAAAAAAAAACGUUGAACUUUAUUUUUAUUCUAUUUUUUUGAGGUUGGAAAAAAAUGACCCACUACCUACUACUGUAUCUGCUGCUAUGAUCAUCUGCCUCUACCCCUGAGUGGAGACCAGAAUAAAAGGAUGUAACUUUAACACUUAA